GAAACAUCAGAAUAGCUCACUCAGGUUUGCAGAGGAUGUGAAGAACCUCACCACCAGGAGCAGUUGGCUGUUACAAAGCCAGUCAUUUUUCCAACCUCAAAGGGAUAGUCAGACAUACAGUAUGAGAGUCAUGCCUGUUACUUAGGGACCACAGAAGAGUCUAUACAGUUGUCUCAAACAAGAGUUGUUGGUGGGAUGGGUUGACAUUGACCAUCAGUGAAUCUGAGACCUCCUUUCUAAGUGCAACAUUCCCCAGGAGUGUUAGUCCACAACACCCAUAAGGCUAACCCAUGCAUCCAUUGGCUGAUCGAAAUAAUGACCCACGAAGGUCUUCAGGCAAGUCUCUAGGGCAGCGUUGUUCAACUAGUGAUGCAUAGACCAACUGAGACACAAUUCUCAUCUCCACGUCAGGAAAGGGCCUACCAGAGGAGAGAGUAUAUUUUCCAGAGUAGACUCAUUUUGGCAGAGGAUUGAACAUCUCAAUCACGCAUUUCCUGGAAUCGAAACAGCCUCAGCAGGAUUUGAGCGUAGUGGAGCUCUCAUUUAAUAGAGAGAGUUUUUAUUUAACAACCGCAAUUUGGACCAGCAGCUCAGUUGUUCAAUGAAGCGGGAUAAGUUAAACCACAAGUGAGCUCACAAACUUACUUUAGCCUUCCUUUACAGAUCUGCUGCAAGGUUGUAAACACUAGGAUUGGUCAUAAAGUUACUUUUUUUUCAUCACUGUCAUAAUUGUAAAUGGUUGCUAAAUAAGGACUUGCCUGUAUCUGUUUGGGCUUACUGAAAGUUGGCUGUCUUAGAUGCCAGUUCAGCUCCCUUUAGGACAGGAAUGGAAUGGAAUAAUCUUUAUUGGCCUUGUGUGAUUGGACACACAAGGAAUUUGUCUCCAGUGCACUAGCUCUCAGUGUACAUACAAACCACAAAGUGACAAGUCAUAGAUAAUAAAUCAUAAGAUACAAUCAAUCAUACCAAGAGGAGAAGGUAGUAGGAAAGAUGAGAGAGAAAGAUGACAAUUCGUUCUCUGUUAUUUUAUAAUUACCAGUUAUAUUAGGGCAGCAUAGUUACAUGACCUUAGAAUUGACUUUAAAUAUAUAAGAAUACCUGUAAAGGUAUGUCUUUUUUUCUUCUUGGGACGCAGGUUCCUUGACAGAGCAAUUCUCAUACUAUGAAAAGUUGACUUGUCUAGGGCAUAAUGUUUUGGGCAGCUGUCCAGAGGCGUUUUAGAGUGCCCAACCAUGAUACUGUAUAUCUCUAGGCCAGGGAUCCCCAACCCCUGGUCCGUGGACCAGUACCUGCCGCAGCAUGCCAGCAACUGGUCCGCACAAACAGGCACACAAAACCAUGCCCCUUCUGGUCUGCGGAAAAACCUGUCUCCAUGCAACCGGUGCCCAAAAGGUUGGGGACCUCUGCUCUAGGCUGCAACAGCAGAAAACAGGACUUUGCAAAUACACUUCUACAAACCAAAACCAGCAGAGGGCAACAUUCAAAGUGGUUCAGCAGCCAGAAGGAUUUAGCGACAGUGACAGGAGGAAUCCAUGGGAUUAGAGUUUGUUUGGAAAUGUGUAUUUACUUUGAGCAUGUGAGCCUGGCCUGUCUCUAUACCACCUUUCAUAUGAAAAGCUCUCCAGACAGUUGGCAUCCCCGUCAAAACAAACUUCUAAAAAAGACUGUUGGGUUUUAGCCCAAGUCAUUCAUAAAUAUAAAAGGAGGAAAAAGACAGGCCUUAAAAAGGAAAUGUGGAGGCCGAAAUGACCAAGGUUCGUUGUCCUACCUGGAGUGCAAAUGACCAAGGUUCAUUGUCCUACCUGGAGUGCAAAGAGAACUUCUCCAAUUACACAAGAAGACAACUGCUGGUUGAAAAACGCCACUUCCAGAGGACCGAAUUAAAAAACACAAAAAAACAGAGGAAGCCAGGAAAGCUGCAAGUACGGGCAACCGCUUGCUUCAACUGCUUCUCCACUGCGGCCCAGCGUCUUCGCAUAUGCCAAUAUUUUUGGGGCUAUCAGAGUGAGAAGCACCAAACCUGUCUCAGGGCUUUAGAAACUGCCUUCGCUCCCUUGAGCAAGACUCAGGUGGACGUAUCUGAGAUAGAGAAGCUGAAAGAUGCUUUCGGCAGAGUGGUUUUUUAUUUAGAAGAGAAGGGCAUGGCCAAAGCCUCUUUUCAGCAAGCGGUUCCUGAGGCUGUGAAAGAAGUGGAAAAAGAAGUGGCACAACUCAAAGCAGCACCACCUUGCAUUCCACCAUGUGGCUACCAGAAAGAGGCCCACCACUACAAAUGUUCGUCUUGUACUAUCGUGGAUUGCCAGCUACCCAUCGAUUGCCCCAUUCAGGAUAUAUACAAAUCAGAAGGAGAUGCAACUUUUCUGAACUGCGAAGUUGCCUUCCAGACUUCUUCAGAAAGGACCUUCCGAUGGAAAUUUAUCAAAGAUCUCCGGACGGACGAACUCUUCCUCUUCCAGCUCCUUAAUUUUGGAGUCAAUCCUUCUCUUCUCAUUCGGCCAACCCUUGGAUCCCAUCACGGGACCUUUGCCUGCGAACUUGAAGUGGAAAACGAUGUGGUCGUCAGGAAGUUUUUUUAUGUCAACGUGACAGAAAAAAGGCUGGGAAAAGAGAAAAAGCUGCAGGAAAUGUUUAAAGCCAUCCUGAAUUCCCCGCCAGAGUCAGUACAGGAAGAAGUGGUGGUGAACAAGUUACCCUCUCUUCAAGAUCUGCUGUCCCAGCCUGAUUACCUCAGGAAAAGGGGUGUCAUUAUGCUUAUCCUGGGAAUAAGUGGGAUAUCACUGCUGGUUACUUUAGCAGUUCUGUGGAUGUAUCGCUGGGCGACGGACGUCGAGCCGUGAGUCGGGAGGGCCGCCUGGACCCUUCGGUCUUUCUCAGUAUAUUUGAUCCCCCCCCCCGCUUGUCUCUCCCUAC